AUGUGCCUUGAUGUGGCAUGUUGCGAAUCGUAUGGCAUCUUCGCCAUUCCGGUCGGCGACCAACAUGGUGCCAGACAGGAGAUCAGGGGCGCGACCAGAGAGCCAGGCGAAUUGCGAGGUAGGAGGGUGCACAGGAGUGGCGCAAGGGGCAUUAAGGUGCGUGAAAGGAAGGCGGGGAAAAAUAAGCCGAAGGAAAGGGGGACGUGUAUGAAGGAGAGGGGAGUGAGCAGGGAGGCAAGGAAGUGA